AUUGCAGCCUGUUUCUUAUUACAAAGACACUGUUGCAUUGCUAGGAAGGUUACUGCAACAUGAUGAGACAGAUGCAGGUGCAGAUGUUUGUACAGAUGCAAGCCAAGAGAUGGAACUUGAAUCUGCAUUUUCAGAAACAAGAAAGCAGUGGGAGUCUUCAUAUGGUUGGAGUUACUGGAGAGCAGGAGCAACGUUUAAAGAUUACAAUCCAUCUCCUGUGCUGGAUUCUCCCUAUCAACCUAAUACUGAGAUCAAGAACAAGAUUACAUCGCCGGAGAAUAACAAUUACAUUAAUCUUGUCCAAUUGAAGUCUGUGGAGGUUCUUUUGCAGGUUGUGGAGGUAAAAGACAUACCAGAAACUCAACAGGGAAACCUUUUUGUGGCUUUUGCCAAACAUCAGGAUGAUUCCUUCUUGAGUGGUAGCUAUGUCUUGAAAAUUCAGUCUGAAACUGAAGACCAAUAUGUUGCUUCUUUCCAAUGUGAAGCUACAGGGGAUCUGGUUUUGACUCUUAUAGCUGAUUCAAGAUGCAAGUUUGCAAGAUCUAUUGAACCUAUUGGAAAAACAUCAAUUUCAAUUGACAAAUUGGCUGGUUCAAAUUCUAAACUGUUUCUACGGGAUUGGCUUCAAUUGGUAGGAAGUCAUCAAUCUGAAUCUACAGAGAGAGACACAAAUCCAAUUUCCAUUCUUGUUGUUAUCUCUGUUUCUGUUCCUGUUCUGUUCCUGCUCCAUAUGUUUUUUACAUGA